UUCCCAAACACACUAAAAUAGUCUAUUAAAAUAGCCAAUAAACCUCUAAAAUAACCACUUCCCAAACACCCACAAAGUGCCAUGGGGGCAGUAGUGCUCAACUUGCUAAUCUUUCAAAUAAGAAAACAAAGCCAAAACCAAUCCACAAUCCAACAAUGUCUCAAACAACACCGAGUUUGGAAAACAACCCAGUUGAGAAAACCUCUCAGAAAUGGCCUCUCAACUUCAUCCACACCACCCUCUCCGAGCUCAAAACGCAACGCGGAAUCACCCUCCCUCUCAUGGCCAUGAACGUAACGUGGUUCGCCAAGCUCGCCAUCACCACCGCCUUUCAAGGCCGCCUUGGCGACCUGCAACUAGCCAGUGGCACACUGGCGUUCACCUUUGCCAAUGUCACCGGCUUCUCAGUCCUAAACGGCCUCUCUGGCGCCAUGGAACCCAUUUGUGGCCAAGCUUACGGAGCUAAAAAUUUCAAGCUCCUCCACAAGACCCUUUUAAUGGCUACCCUUUUGUUACUACUCACUACUCUGCCUAUCUCUCUUUUGUGGCUCAAUGUUGACACAAUCCUCAUUCAUUUCGGCCAACAAAGAGAAAUAGUGAUUGUCGCAAAGAAAUACCUUCUCUACCUCAUCCCUGAUUUGGUGAUAACUUCUUUUUUGUGUCCUCUCAAGGCCUACUUGAGCUCACAGAGCAUCACUGUGCCUAAUAUGAUCAGUUCUUGUCUGGCUGUGGCUUUUCACGUGCCAAUCAAUCCGUUACUUUCCAGAGCUAAGGGUCUCGAGGGGGUUUCAAUGGCAGUUUGGAUAACUGACCUCAUGGUUAUGAUUUUUCUAGCUUCAUACGUGGUGAUCGCUGAAAAUGGAAAGGGAGGGAGGUGGAAGGAAGGAGGGUGGUGGGACCAAGGUGUUCAUGACUGGAUCACGCUGCUCAAGCUCUGCGUACCCUGCUGCCUCACCACAUGCCUCGAGUGGUGGUGCUUUGAAAUUCUUGUCUUGCUAACUGGGCGGUUUGUGAAUGCAAAACAGGCAGUAGGAGUGUUGGCCAUAGUACUAAACUUCGAUUACUUGGUUUACUCUGUUAUGCUCUCAUUGGCAACCUGCGCUUCUGUUAGGGUAUCAAAUGAGCUCGGUGCGAACCGGGCUGGGCUGGCUUACCGAUCCGCAUACGUGUCUUUGGCAGUGAGUAUAGCUUUGGGCUUCAUCGGUGGCUCAGUGAUGGUAGCAGCCAGAGGACUGUGGGGGCCUUUGUUUAGCCAUGAUAAGGGUAUAAUCAGAGGUGUGAAGGACAUGAUGUUGCUAAUGGCUGUGGUGGAAGUGGUAAAUUUUCCGGUAACAGUGUGUGGAGGAAUAGUCCGUGGAACCGCCAGGCCAUGGUUGGCCAUGUCCGCCAGUCUCGGAGGAUUCUACCUCCUAGCCUUGCCCUUGGGUAUAGUUUUGGCUUUCAAGGUCCGGCUUGGGCUGGGUGGGCUACUGGCAGGGUUCUUGGUUGGGAUGGUUGGGUGCUUGGUUCUGUUGUUGGUGUUUGUUGCAAGGAUUGACUGGGUUGAGGAAGCUAGAAAGGCUCAAAUACUUGCUGGCAAUGUGGAAGAGAAGACUGUCGAGGAAGAUGGAGGCGACAAGGAAGUGGUCAGUUGAUGAGGAGUUGGCAGUGGAGGACUCAGAAUUUGACGAGCUGCCUGCCCUUCUGGUAAUUUGAAUGGGAGGGAUCUUUUUCACCCUUUUUCGUAUAACAUCACUACCUCUAUAUAUCAUACAUUCUCUUGAGCAAAGAUUGUGUCAAUGAUUUAUAUCUAGUUUUGAUUAAAUGGAGCGAAGUAAAAUUUUAAAAAUAAAAAUAAAAAAUAAAUGAGGUUUCA